AUGGCAGCCGUCGCCCAACUGCGCCGCGUACGCGGCGCGGCACGCGUCACCAGGGCUGUGAUGGUCCACACGCAGCCAGGUGAUUGUUGGGGAGCAGGCCACCCGCUUCGCGCUCCAGCCUGCGCUCCGCGACAGAGAUACCUCGAGAAAAUGGUGCUAUCGAAUCCGGAUCAUCGAUCGGUGGAGUGUUCGGCCCCGGCGACCGGAGAU